CCCGCUGGAGGAGAACGCGCUGGCCGGGCGGAGAAAAAUGCCAGCGAUCUGGAUGUGGCGGUGAAGAGAGGACGCAUGGUUAGAAGAGGCAGAGAGAUGAGGAAACCCAUUAUUUGAGAACCACCAGGCGCUCCAACCCUUCCUGCAAAUUGGUGCUAUUUGGACUUCUGGGGUCCAUUUGCUUUUCCUCUUCCCAACCCCCAUUAAGAAAUCUUGACUUGAGGACCAACCCCUACCACGAGGGGGGACGCUUUCUGGGUUGGCAAACCUUUUGGAUGUAGCCUUGUGGGAACAUUUAGACCCUUUCCUCUGGAAGAGCCACCAUGAAUUCGGUAGCUGGAAAUAAAGAGAGGCUUGCGGUCUCCACCAGGGGCAAGAAAUACGGGGUGAAUGAAGUGUGCUCGCCCACCAAGCCCGCCGCGCCCUUCUCCCCCGAGAGCUGGUACCGCAAGGCAUACGAGGAGUCUCGCGCAGGGAGCCGGCCCACCCCCGAGGGCGCGGGUUCUGCGCUCGGCUCGUCCGGUACCCCGUCCCCGGGCUCGGGCACCUCGUCCCCGAGCUCCUUCACUGGCUCCCCGGGCCCCGCAUCUCCGGGCAUCGGCACCAGCUCGCCGGGUUCCCUGGGCGGCUCACCGGGCUUUGGCACUGGAUCUCCAGGCUCGGGCAGCGGCGGCGGCUCCUCCCCCGGCUCCGACCGCGGCGUCUGGUGCGAGAACUGCAACGCCCGCUUGGUGGAGCUGAAGAGGCAGGCUCUCAAGCUGCUGCUGCCGGGACCCCUCCCGGGCAAGGACCCUGCGUUCGCUGCUGUGGUUCACGACAAACUCCAGGUCCCUAACGCCAUCAGGAAGUCAUGGAAUGACCGAGACAACCGCUGUGACAUUUGUGCCACACACCUGAACCAGCUAAAGCAGGAAGCCAUCCAAAUGGUGCUCGCCUUGGAGCAGGCAGCUGGCAGCGAGCACUAUGAUGCCUCUCCGGGCUCACCCCCUCCGAUCUCCAGCAUUCCUGCACUGGUGGGGUCCCGGCACAUGGGUGGGCUCCAGCAACCCAGGGAGUGGGCCUUUGUGCCCGCCCCCUACGCCACCUCUACUUACACAGGCCUCGUCAACAAGCACAGCGGUAAACCCAACAGCCUUGGGGUCAGCAACGGCGCGGAAAAGAAGAGUGGAUCCCCAACUCACCAGGCCAAAGUUAGCCUCCAGAUGGCCACCAGCCCCAACAAUGGGAACAUCCUUAACUCAGUGGCCAUUCAGGCUCACCAGUAUCUGGAUGGCACCUGGUCCCUUUCAAGAACCAAUGGGGUUACCCUGUACCCCUACCAGAUCUCCCAGCUGAUGACAGAGACCGGCCGAGAGGGACUGACAGAAUCUGUGCUGAACCGCUACAAUGCAGACAAGCCUGCAGCCAGCAGCGUCCCUGCCUCCCAGGGCUCCUGUGUGGCCAGUGAGACUUCUACAGGUACCUCAGUGGCGGCUUCCUUCUUCGCACGGUAAGAGAUGCUCAGAUCUUUGGUUCUUUUGGAUACACCCAGCUGGUGAACCUCCUGUGUGGACCAGACCAGCUGGAAGCAGUAGAGGGCAUUUA